AUGCAAUUCGAUAUAAGAAGAUUCGAUAUUUAUCGAAAAAUUCCUAAAGAUCUGACACAGCCAACAACUACUGGUGCUGCUAUAUCACUUGCUUGUAUUUCAUUUAUUUCAACAUUACUCCUUAUUGAGCUUUAUUAUUUUAUAACACCCGAUGUUAUAAGUGAAUUGUUUGUUGAUAUACCUGAAGGUGGUGUAGCUGAAAAAAUACCAGUACAUAUCGAUAUUAGUGUAUCAGAAGUUAGUUGUCAAUAUCUUGGUAUUGAUAUCCAAGAUGAUCUUGGUCGACAUGAAGUUGGAUUUCAUGAAAAUACAAUGAAAAUACCAGAAAAUAAUGGUGCUGGUUGUCGUAUAAAUGCUACAUUUAAAAUUACUCGUGUACCUGGUAAUUUUCAUGUUUCAACACAUUCCGCAGCAAUGCAACCUCAAAAUAUUGAUAUGAAGCAUGUGAUACAUGAUUUAGCAUUUGGUGAUACAAUUAAAGGUUUUCGACAAAUUCCAAAUCGAAGAGCAUUCCGUCCAUUAAAACGUUUUAAUAAUACAAAUAAUAAUAAUCGUGUGUCACACGAUUAUUUAAUGAAAAUUGUACCAACAAUUUAUGAAAAUCUCAGUGGAAAUCGUCGAUAUCCAUUUCAAUUUACAUUUUUCUAUCGGGGAUUUGCACCAAAUCAGCCUGGCGCUCCACCGGCAAUAUGGUUUCGUUAUGAUAUUAUGCCAAUAACUGUUAAAUAUACAGAACGUCGACAAAAAUUUUAUACAUUUAUAACAUCAAUAUGUGCUAUUGUUGGUGGUUCAUUUACAGUAGCAAGUAUUCUUGAUUCGCUUAUAUUUACAGCAAGUGAAUUAUUUAAAAAAUUUGAACUUGGUAAAAUGACAUGA